UAGAGAGCUCUGAAAACCCCACCGAGGGUUUAAGAAGUUCGAGUGGUUCCUUCCGCUCUCUUCCUCUCAUCUUCCGAUGACGACGACGACGGAGACCGUGAGGCUUCGGGUGGCAUUCAAGGAGCGCCACAUUCUGAGCAAGUCGCAGAGGACACAAGGACUCCGGCGGAGCUGGAUUCUACUCAAGCCUCACCUCCGCAUCAUCUCCGACCUUGCGGCCCAUCUCCUACACGCUUUCGGCCUCCACCGUUCUUGUCCCGAUGGCCUCCUCAUCUCUAUGGAUGGGUUUGUGCUUCCGCCUUUUGAGUCGACCUCCAUUUUCAAGGAUAAAGAUAUUAUCAGUGUGAAAAGGAAAGAGGGCGCAUUGUCUGAAAUUGCAUUGAUUGAUGAUGGAACAAACGCUAUUGAGGUGGAGGAAAUUGUGGAGAGGCAACCAAUUAAUGGAGGCAUGAAGCUUCUGGCUAAUGAGGAAUUCGAAAAGGAAACCGGAGGAUAUGAUAGUGAUUCGGAAGAGGGUGAACCUGACCAAUUGGAGGAUAUACUUCCUGUUGAAAAUGCACCCGAUACCGGUUCAAACAGACGGUCCAAGAAAAGGAAGCUUUCAGACAAACCUCAGAGCUCUAAGAGGAAGAGAAUUAAAUCUGCUGCUACCGCAGAAUGUUCAGGUUUACCUGAAGACCUUCAGAAUGAUGUCCGUGCGGAGAAGAAAGAAAGUUCUCCUCAGUCUCGUGUUCUUACCAAAAAGAGUCGUUCCAAGAAGGAAAAGUCGUUUAGUGUAGAGGAUGGACCGGAUCAUUCAAGCACUCCUAAAACUGACAAAAGAACCAAUGGAAUAGGUCAAUCACUGCUCAAUGGAAAGAGGUCCUGUCAGCUUCAAGAGAAUGAAAUAAAGGGUGUGGUUUCAUCUGAUAUGCCUGAUGAAAUUAAAAAGAUUCCUAGUAGAAGUGCUCGACGUAAAAAGGCCAAAAGGCAAUGGUUGAGGGAAAAAAUGAAAGCUGAGAAGGAAGAGCUUUCCAAUUUGCAGUUACAUCAGACGCAAUUGCUCAAAACAAAUAAUCAGCAAUCAACUGGUAAAGAUAAACGUCAACAACCAAACACAAACAGUGAAGGAGAGGAUGAACAAUCAGACACAGAUAGUGACGGAGAGGAUAAGCGAAUGAAAACAGAUAACAAUGAAGUGAAUGAGCAACAUAACACGGAUAAGGAUAAGGAGGAGGAUAUUGUUCCUGUAGUAAUUAGGCCAGGACAUAUUCGCUUUGAACCCCUCGGAAAAGUGGACGGAGAUCAGCCUAUUCAGCAGAAUAGAAAUCCAGUGGAAAAUUUUCGGUGGAAUGGAAUAACCAGCAAGAAGAGGGGUCAAAAAUGGGGUAUGGAGAAAACAACACAUUCAAGAAGUGACCACGAAGAUCUGAAUCAAGAGUCGCCUGAAAUACUGGGUAUCGAAAAAGAGAUUCCUGUAAAUGACCACAUGGACUUCGAUAAGCUUGAGCUCUGUACCUCUUUACCUAAGGAAGGUGAUCAAAUUGCAUAUCGCUUGAUUGAAUUAACAUCAUGCUGGACUCCUGAAGUUUCCUCAUACCGAGUUGGAGAAGUGUCACGGUACGACCCUCAAUCAAAUAAGAUUAUGCUAGUACAGGUUCCAGAAUAUCCCAUUGUUUUUGCGGAGACAGAUGAGGCAUCUGAUGUGGUACCAGAUACAUCCCUUUACAGGGAAGAUCGCUCUUUAGAGGUAGAUUAUUCUUCCCUUAUUGAUGUCCGCAUUGUUAAGCAUGGCAACCUCAACACAGCCAAAGCAGUCCAUGGAGAUAAAAAUGUAGCAUCAGGUUCCAGGCAGCUCGACAAAGACAAGGAAACUCGUGCUGCUGCAAAAGCAAGUGCAUGGGAUGAAAUCAGCAAGGCAUUGAACGCAAAGAAGGCAGAACUGUCGCAGGAGGAGAACGGUUGGAGUAAAAACGAUGGUUCAGUUAGGAGCUCGUGGUCGUAUAGGGGCUUGAGAGGUAGCGCAUUAGGUCCAACAGUGGCUCGUUUGAGAGCUCAAGGGCUAUGAAGACCUGAUAGUGGGGACAUUGCCUCCGAGGUAACUGCAGUCCUUAGUUUUGUGAACUUUCACAGAAGAAAUAGAAUACGACUUUCGCCUUAAAAUUGGUACUUCCGGGGUAUGUAAUGUGCAGUCGUUGGUGCAAUUCACGGCCAUUUUGUUGUAUAGUGUGUUGUAACUUACAUUGGAAUGUUUUGAAUGGUCCAACGCUAAGCAAGAACAGAAACUAUUACCGUA